CGUCGUGCCCAAGCACCCCCGACAGCUAGCUUGCUCUGCCAGCUUCCUAUUCACCCUUUUCCGCGGCCUCGAAACACUCGGCCCAUCUACUUGCCUGCCUAGCUACUUCUCGCUCGCCUGCAUCUGCGUAUUUCCGGAAGGAAUCCACCUCUAUUUAGCAAUAUGGCGGCAGCUGCUGUUCGACGAAGGAAGAUGGUCGGCCACCGCCGCCGGGUUGAGGACGAGGGCGAGGAUGAAGGGGGCGUUGACCAGGUCGAUAUUGACGAUGACUCGCUGACCGAUGGGUCCAUGGCUUCCGAGGACCCCGAUCCCGCCGAUGAUAGCGACACUAGCAAUGUCGAUGAGGCCUCACCGACCACACCAGCCGCGCCGAAGUUAACCGGUCCAGUUGUCAAUGGCCACAAGAAGAGGGCGCACGGCAAACCCUCGGCAGAUCCACCCACGACAACCCCCAAAAAGCCCGUCCCAAACGCCGUGUCUGAUACCGAGUUCAUGCUGAAUAAUAUGUCCAUCUCGGAUGAGGCUACCCCGGUGGAGGUGUUGGAUUUCGAGACCGCCGAGCUUCCGUCCAGAUCCUCGGCUCCGAUAGUGGUCAGCUCAAACUCCGCCGCUACCGCCGCUGAUCACUCGCACGAAGCUCCUAUCGAUCGCCGACGGAAGGAACAUGAGGAAUAUAGGCGCAAGAGAGACGAGGAUCCGUCCUUCGUUCCCAACCGGGGAGCCUUCUUUAUGCAUGACCACCGACAUGCCGGUCCCUCCACGAACGGCUUUCGCCCCUUCACUAGAGGCCCUCGUGGAAGAGGUCGCGGCGGCAUUGGACCGUCGUUUGCUCCGGCCCACCAUCAAUUCCAUGCCCCAGUCGACCCCACGACUAACGGUCCCUGGGCCCAUGAUAUGCAUGAGGCAGUGGCACAGCCCACACAGGCUCGGCAACCACGGGCAACGUUUGCUGAUGACGGCCCCCCCAACGGCGACGGGUUCAUUCCCACGUGUCCUCCAAGCGCUACGCCGAUCAACCGAACGAUGGCCACCGACAGGCAUGUUGGCAAUGUGCAAGUCAGGGUCUUUUUUCCGGGGCUGGAGGAGCCUAUCACCUUUCCGCCCAUGCAAGUGCGGCAAUAUACGAAGCUACCGGAUCAUAGGCCUCCGCUGAGACGCGACAAGCCGGUUCGCAUCUCCUUGCCCGAUUUCCCACCGCGAUACAUCUUCCCAGCCACCGAUAGGUCAUUCAUCUUCAUCCCCCGCGCCAUGCGUCCGAACCAGCGACUAAGGGGCAAGCCGAGGUCUGGCCUCGGGUCUAUCGGGGGCUUCUCUCGGAGGACUAGCGUUUUUGGCGGGAGUGUCUAUGCCGGGAGCACCUACACCCCAAGCGUAGCUCUAAGCCGGCGGUCUUCGAUCGCUCCCGAGUUAGGUCGAGACUAUCUCGUUUCCCCAACCGGUUCUGCCAUGUCUCGACCACCGUUGCCGUAUGAUACUUCACGGCCCGUCGUCAGACUUCCUCCGCAGAAUCGGACGGAGCAGCUGGCGGUUCCUACCGUCGAUACUGCGCCGAGAGAAGGUCCCGCCGGUGACUUACAAACCAACAACAGCGACCCUCCAGCACCCCAGGCGCAGCCUCCUCUCCACAAGUCAACUUUCCAGGAGAAUAGAACUGUGCCUCUUCCCAUGCACCAACCUCGACCCCAGAAAACGGUCUCGGUCGCCGGCAUAGAGUCUCCGGAGAUGCGGCACAACUCGUCUCAGCCCUAUCAACAGGCCUUUCACCAGCAAGUUCCUGUCCAGGUGUCCAACAGCUUGGCACAGGAGUCUCACGCUCGCCAUUCAUCGUACCCGUCUCAGCAUUCAACCGGUACGCCACUUUCCCAGAUCCCAGAGCGUGCCAUUCAUGCUGCUCCCUUCCAGCCCAAUCAAUUUGCGCAACCAGGCUAUUACCAGCCGUACCAGAUGAUGCAACCUCAGCAGGGCUUUUACUAUUCCUCGGCGCCCUAUCCCGGCGCGAUGGCUCCGUCCGCCACCGCGCCAGCGUUUGUCCCAGGAGCACAGCAGCCCCAGCCUCAAGGCGAGGCCCCGAGUAGUCAGCCUAAUGGACAGGUCGCUCCAAAUUCCAAUUUGGUCGCCCAGGAAGUCAACGGAAUGGUCUACUACUACGAUGCCUCCCAACUACCGCCUAUGCCCACAUACAAUCCGUACCCAGCACCGCAGGGCUAUUCCAUGCCGGGCGGCGUUGUUGGCAUGAAUGGUAUGGUGACUCCCAGUCCGGAUGGUUAUUACUACCCCCCGCCAGGACCCAACGUCGUCUACUACUCGCAAUAAGUCACUUCUGGCGUUGCACUAGCCUUGGGUUCUUUCUGGCGAGGGGAGUCAGGGAAUACGCGGUUAUCUACAGCCCUCGUCGACGGGUUUGGGUCGUACCAUUUCAUCGUCGUCCUAGGACGCCGAUCCACCCGCGAUUCUA